AUGGUUUGCUUCUCCAGCCUGGACGCCCCAUUACUCCCAGCUGACCUGAAGAAUCGCCUCUUUGGCGUAGAUGAGAUGGCCUUGCGCUCAGUGGCAACCAAUGGCCUGGGACUCCCAACGCGGGAGUCCGUCCCAUUGCCAACUUCAGGACUCAGGGGACCGAAGAGCGAGCUAGAGCCACGGCACUGCCGCCGCGUCCCCCGGCGUCCCCUCCAAGGCACUCACCGCGUCCUCUCAGGGCCCCUCGGUGGGUGGGUGGGGGAUCCGGCCACGCUCGGUCCGGAGUCUUACCACUCCUGGGUUCGGGCCACCGCCUCCUGGAGCGCGCCGGGCCCUCCCCCGGGAAGCCCGGCCCCCCGAGCCCGCCCUCUCCGCGCUGCCGCCUAUCCAACCCCACCAACACAGAGAGCUAUACUUCAGUUUUGCGGCUCUUCGGUCCUUGCAGAGCCUGAGAAGCCGUUGGGAGCGAACCGGAGCCUGCAUCAGCAUCACUGGGGUGGGAUAGGGGACAUUGCUGCAUUACAUUCUCAGCUUUUGCAGAUACUCCUCACUGCAGAGGAAAAACAGCGCGUUUUCCUUGAAGCUCGGAAGAAUGUCCUGGGAGCUGAUGGAAGGCCAACCCAGUUGCCAAAUGAGAUAGAGGAUGCCUUCCCUUUGACCCGACCCAAUUGGGACUUCAAUACUCCAGCUGGUAGGGAGCGACUUCGUCUCUACCGCCAAAUUCUGUUAGCGGGUCUCCAAGGGGCCAGCAGACGGCCAACUAAUUUGGCUAAGGUAAGAGCAAUAAUACAGGGGCCUGAGGAAACACCUGCAGGAUUUUUAGAAAGGCUAUUGGAGGGGUACAGAAUGUACACCCCUUUUGAUCCCUGGCAGCAGAUCUCCAGGUUGAUAUAA